GCCAUCAGUAAAGUUCUUGGACCACAAUAUCCCUUCAGAAGACGUCAUUAACCUCCUGUUUCGGUUUAUCGUCGCGGAAGGCAUAGGAGGAAUCAGCUUUGAUCCUGGGCCACGCAAUUCCUGUCGGAGCCUUGGGCGAUGGUGAACACCGUGGCUGCACCGUCAGAAAAUUUCAUGGGACUAGCACAAUGUCCGAUAGCAGAGAUUGCGUAAUAGAGAUCACUUGGCAGAGAAUCUGAUCAAAGUUGAAUCUCAUUGGCUUUCGUUUCGGUGGUAGGGACCGACGAGGGAACUGCCUUGUCUCUGCUAUGGAAAUCCUAGAUGGAAGAGAUAAGGGAUACAGAAUAAAGAUACGAGUUUUUGGGAGUAAUGAUAUUGACCGCGUGUAGAUUGCAUUAAGAUUUCUGAACUCUCUUAAGCGUGAUAAUUGGAUAAUUUUGGAUAAUAAUGAUUAUAUGGAUCGAAUCUAACGUGUGAAAGGUGAAGAAGUGAAUUCUCAAAAUUGUUGUAACGAAAGGAGUUACGUGGGAAAGAAGCACAAGCUCUCAGGUUUCCAGCAGAGGAUUAGAUUUUAUAGAAGAUGCUGCAUAGAUCAAGGAUAUUUUCAUUUUUCAUCAACCACCAGUUGCCCAGUUUGUGCUCUCUCGUUCCUCGAUUAUACAUUUUGCUACAUGACUUAAAAACCUGGUCAGAGGUUGUUCCAGUUACGCUUUAAUAAUGGUAAUAUUUCCUGAGCAUCGUGUACCGUGUCGUGUAUUACGAGAAGCCAAGAUUCCGCGUCAAAACAUAUACAUCUUAAAAAUUAAUUGAUAAAAUGGCGGAUACGAUGGUUGAAUAAUUUUUAAAGAAUUUAUUAUUAGGAAGAGGAAGAUAUAAUGAAAAAGGAAAAUUUCGAGAUCUAUUUGGGAAGAACGUGAAAUUUCAUGCGCAAUUUCAUACGCGAAAGAAAACAGAGUAAACAGAAAAUCGUAUUACCAAGUAAAAUGAUUUUGAAACGGAAUAACGUUCUCCAUUGAGAUGCGGAAAUACCGUACAAAUAACCGAGAUGUUUGCAUAGGAUGGGGACACCGGGCGAAACUCAUCUUUUCAGAUGUUUCCCAGUACACCGAUAGUCGUGGUCGAGAGGAAUGAAUUAAAAAAGAAACCAUAGAGACAGGCUGAACGAGAGAGAGAGAGAGAGAGAAAGAGAGAGGGAGAGUGAAAGAGAAGAGGAAAGGAAAGAAAAAGUAAGAACCUGUGGGAAGAAGACAACAAACGUCUAUUCAUAUCUUCGAGCAAUGAAUUGAGUUUGAGUUGUGCAACAUAAAGAUUGCAAUAAAAUAACGAAGAUUUUAAUUGUUUCCUUAAUUUAAAGUGUCACUGGCAAUGUAAUUACCGUGCUAAAUUUAAUUUCAUAAUAUAAAUAUUAUCUGUGCAUACACAUAUUAUUGAGCAAUUUUUCUUUUACAUUUACAAAAAGCUUAAAUUAAAAUAUUCCAAUAAUUUAAGAAAUAGAAAAUUCAAUAAUCAAAGAGCUCUAUAUUUUUACCACCAUGGAUUAAUUAUCAUAAUUAUUCAAAGAGGCUAACGAAAAAAAUUGUGAAGAGAAUUUUCAUAAUAAUUCAUAAAUGAAAAGGGAACGCAUCCUCGUACCUAGAAGUAUGUUUGCAAAGGGACAGAGGAAGAUGCAUCCUACGCGGAGGUGGCUGAAGAUAAGGAGAGAAGGGACACGCAGGGCUGGGGUUCGAGAGGCGGGGGAGAAGAAAAACGAAAAGCAGGUAGAGGACACCGCAGUGAGAGGCGGAGGAGGCUGGCCAUUCCGAGGAGGGCAGAGUGCGUUUAAGCGUCCGCUGGACGAGGAGGAAGCGAACGUAGGAUGAUAAGAAAAAGAAAAGGUUCGGAGGUGAACAAAAGGUAGUGGUCCGAGAGAUAAGAAGAAGGAAAUGAUUUAUUAAAUUUGGAUGAAGUUGGAGUCGUUUCAUCCAAUGUGAAGUGAGUCAACGACAAUACAUACCACCACUUUGUCAUAGCGCUUAUUUUCAUUUUUCAAAUAAUGCUUCUUCGUUCAAAUUCAAUCGGACCAAAAGUCACACGUAUUUCCCUCGUGUUCUGAUUUAAUCAGACGUAGUACGAGUAGAAUCGUGUGAACAAUACAAGUACGAGACGACUUCUUUACGAACCAUGUGGAGAAAAUCAUACGUUUACCGUACAAGUAAGGCAGGAAGGAGAAGAAGAAGAAGAAGAAGAAGAAGAAGAAGAACGAGCGUUUAAAUAUACGCUAAGCGAUCGGGUAAAAUGAAAUGCGGUAAGAAAGGUGGAGAAGAAGGCGCGAGGAAGCCGGUGGUUCGGCGCUAACGUAGUCGAACGAAGAAGAUAAAUAAGGAAUGUAUAAGGCGUGCAAGAAACGAGAAAAUUGACAUUCCAAUCUCGCGGAAAAUAGUAUGCACGCGAAGAGUGGAAAGGAAGAGGGACGGGGGGAGGGAGAAAAAAAAAAUAUGCGUGUGGAGCAAAGAGCGGAUGGAGGAAGGAAGAGGGUCAAGGAGGCGGAGAUGAGAUGAGAAAAGAAGAAAUGGAACGGCGAAUCGUUCAGCGGACGAGGAAGAAAGGAGUCUGCCUGAGUAGAGGAAACGAGUAUCGCGAACUGGAGGAAGAAGAAGAGGAAGAAGAAGAAGAAGAAGGAGGAAGAAGAAGAAGAAGAAGAAGAAGAAGAAGAAGAAGAAGAAGAGGAAAGAAGGGAGCCAAGGUAAAAGGGAGAGGAGGCGAGGGGACGAGGUCUGGGUUGGGUAAGGUGAGGGCUCCUACGGCCAUUCUAACGGAGGCCACAGUUCUCUACCUCGAGUUCCACGUUUACCUCGUCCUCGUCCUCGACGUGGACGUAACGUACACGGCCACAGAAGUGAAGUCGAGGCCGGCGUGGUUCCUUUUCUUUUUUUUCGCUUCGCUUCGCUACGAUCGAGGGAAUCGUGGUGUCGUUCGAUCAUUCGGAAAAAUCUAUCUUCGCGGGUGGAUGUCGGCUGGCAGCAAGAACAGGAUGAUUCUGGGAGGCAGUCUGGGAGGAAUCCUCGCUGUCCUCCUAUUCGUGCUCGUCGAGAUCUCGUGGACCAGGGCCAAGCCUCAACAGAUCAAACCCGGGUGCAGAUACGAGGGCCGCAGAUACGAGGAGGGCACGUCUGUGAUCACGUCCGAGCCCUGUUUGCAGUGCAGGUGCAACGAGGGCGCGCUCAGAUGUCGUCUUCGAGUUUGUCCACGAUUACCAAAUCCACCACCCACCGGAUGCACCGUCCGCUCCCCGGAAGAGAACGUCUGUUGCGCGGAAUUAGUUUGCAGCGAGACACGUGAAGCCGUGAGCACGCCACGAAGAUCUAACGCUCACGAGGAGCAAGAUGAGGGGGAUGAGGAUUACCAGAAUCCUCGUUUUCGAGGUUGCCUGCACGAAGGCGUGAGAUACGGGCCAGGCUCGGCCAUGAUGGGCUCACGUAGAUGCGAGUACUGCUACUGCAUUUCCGGCGCGAGAAGAUGCAUCAGGCCGAAGUGUCUCCUGCCCCUGCCAGGAUGCACCCCGCUCUACGCCCCGCACUCUUGCUGCCCUGUUGCCUACAAUUGCACCCAUCUCCAUUCGUCGACAUUGGCGCCGAUCACGGGAAACGGGUGCCGCGUGGGGUCGAGGAUGUACGAGGAGGGCGAGAUGGUACGGGACAUCGAGUGGAAGGCCGCCUGUGACAACUGUUUCUGCGCCAUGGGCGCGAUACGUUGCGUUCCCCUCGCUUGCGCGCCUCCUCUUCAAGGCUGCAGCCCGAUCGUACGCGAGGGACACUGCUGUCCGUCCACCUACAACUGCAGCGGUAGCAUCGAGGUUAAGGCCACCCAGAACUACGCCUCGUACGCGUUCAUCAGCAAGGACUACGCCAAGUUUCGCAAGGAGACCAAUUUCUUUCCGGCAGUCGAUCAAAUAACAAAUCCUCCGGUGGAGGGACGAGGUCAUCGAGUGGUCGAGGAACGGAUCGAUUCCAGUACGAAGGAACUCGUGGAGGAAUCUUCAAUAGUGACCGAUUCCACAUCCUGGCCGUCCACCUUCGAGACAGACAUCAUGGACAAUGAGAUCCUCGAGACAGUAGACUACGUGAAAUCUAAUCCAGAAAUUGCCACUACCACUCCUGCUGCUGUUGACGAGUCAACGACGGUUAUUGAUUCGACUACUAUAGAUUCAACUUCGUCGAUCAGAGAUGACGAUUUGAACGAUUCAUCAACGAUUUUCUCGACGAACAGUAUCGUCGAAUCGACAACGAUCACCGUGAUCGAAGAUCUGUCGUCGACGGACGACACAACGACCACCACGAUCACGACUACGACUACUGAAUUGACCACCUUGUUACCAGAAGCGAAUGGAAACGAUACAGUGACGAAAAUGCAGGGAUUGGAGGAAGAGAAGAUGCACAACGUGACUGUGAGGAACAAGAAUACGACAUCGACGACGAGCGGAGAUUUCGAGCAGGAUUUCGAGCACGCCAACUCGACGGCGGAAACGGUGGAGACCACGGAAUCGAUGGGCAAAGGGACAGUUACCAGAACAUCAUCCACCGUGUUAAUGCCAGACGACAUCCUGGUGAUGAACGUGACUGUGAAAACGAACGUCUCGGUCAGUCACAUACAGGGUGUGACGAUCAACCCGAUUAGGUCGAUUCCGCCGGACGUUGAGGCUAUCCUAAACAUCACUCACCGUGAAAAGGGCGAGGAUUAUGAUUACGACUACAGCGAACCAACAUUGCCGCCAUCGUUACCGAAUGUCAGGAUAAUUCCGUUCGUGGCGGCAGAUGCGCUUGUAAAAGACAAGGCAGUUCCAUCCUCGGUCACCGGAUAUCCUUCCGGUUCGGUGGUGGUUCCUCCAGAGCUACGGCCCACAGACACCUCAGGAUUUUACGAUAUCGCCACUCAGGAAAACAGAUUCAGCCCGCCUGUGGAGACUGAAGGUGGAUUCGUACCAAGAGAACCGCCCUAUUUCGAUCCUUCUUAUCAUUCUACCGACUUGAAUCUGGAAAUCGGAACAGGCGUCACUGUGGUUCCGGCGCCAAUCACGAAUCCUCAUCGUAAAAGCGAUGCCAACAACUGUCUCUUCGAGAAUAUGGAGUACCGUCACGGAGAGAUUUUGCCGAGCAGCAGUAUCUGCGUGAUUUGCAUGUGCUACCUAGGCGAGGUGAUGUGCUCCUCGGAAAAGUGUCCGCUCCUCAAGAUCGGAUGUAGGAGGAUCAACACCGACGAGACGUGUUGCGGAAAAAUCGUCUGCGUGGAGGCAGACGAAUCACCAACGGUAGUGUUGGACCGAGCAGAUGCUACAGCACCUUCACUUCAUCAGCCAAUAGUAUCACCAGAUCCGUUCCGCGAUGUGAUUAAGACCGAGCCAGCUCCUGAUCUGCCAUCCCUGAUCGGAGAAAUGAAGCCUCUGCAACCUAAUUUCGAUUUCAUAAAUAAAUUUCCUCUCCUGCGUCUACCUUACAGACCGGAAGAAGAUCCAAACCGAUUGAUCUCCAAAAAUAAAUACAAUCUGGGCCAAGAAGGUCUUAUACAACAAGAGAUUUCAUCAAAUUACAAUCUUAAAGAAGCUGAUCAGACUUUGAAUCACAUUUCUGAGACAAUUCCUCAAAGAAUUGGCUCUCUGAUGAUAGAUCACAGUGUCAAGAAACAAGAAAAUGACACACUUCCCUGUAUCAAUGCAACAAAGUCUACUUCUGUCAAAUCUAAUGUUUCUAAAAUUGAUGAUAUUAAUAUUUCAACGGAUGCCAAGGUUGGAGAGAUAUUUGUAAAAGUGAACGAUUCUAAAUUUUAUUCUACUACCAGCAGUUCUUCUGAAUCUUCUGAUCUAGAUUUAGAGGAUCCUAACGAUCAGAGUAGCAAAGAUACGAAAACAAAAGAAGUAUCGACGACUAGUAGGUCGACUACCAUCGUCAAUCAGAAGCCAGAAGAGGAAAAUAAGUCUUCCAAGGCUAGUGAAAAGAUGGAAGAUUCCACAGAGAGUGUAACGAAAAUUAUAGAGAACGAAAUUCCAAUGUCUGUGACGAGUCUGUUGAAACUGGCUGGAUGUAAUAUCUAUGGAAGAAUGUACCGUGUUGGAAGGAUCAUCACCGAGCUGUCUGGACCUUGUUUGGAGUGCAGGUGCACGGAGAUUGGGGUGCAGUGUAAGCAGCUCAAGUGUUGAUCGAGGUUGCCCGUGCUCGGGCAACCUGUUUUCCUUGCAAUUAGGUUCGUUCGAGUUAAUAGAUUCACUGCUGCUCGAUGCGUUUCCGGAGGAAAAUCUUGAGAUAAUUGAUUGACGAUCUCUAACGAUUUAGAAUUGAAUGGAUCCUUAGAUAGAGUGCUGGUAUAUUGUAUUAUAACUCUAAUGUGUUGAUUAAUACUUUGUCUGAAAGAAUUUGGAAGAAUUGGAAAAUUGGAAGAAGGUAAGUGAAAGAAUAAGUUUGGAAUAAUCUUUUAUGGUUAUUGUGUUGAAAUGGUAAAUUAUGUAAAUGUCAGAUAUAAAGAUUUUCAGGAUAAAUAGGAAAUUAUUAAAGGAAAACUCAUUGUAUCAUUUUUCCUCUU